AAUUUAAAUCGGUCCAUUAUUAUUCCCUAUUUACUUGUCUGCAGACUUACGCAGAGUAAACUUUCGUCUAACGCCUCACUUUACUGUAUAUCAGUAUAAAAAGGCAAGUUUUCACCACAGUCUGCUCUUUUCAACUUACUGCUUCAAACAAUUAACUCCUGAUUGACUUUGGUUAUAAGCUGCUCAUUAACUGAAACAAUGGCUGGAAUUAUUGACUCGAAAACCUUUGCUGGAAAAGUUGUAAUUGUUACAGGUUCCAGUCAAGGCAUUGGUGAAAUCAAUGCCAUCCAUUUUGCCAAAUUGGGUGCUUCGGUUGUGGUUACAGGUCGUAACAAGGAAAGAGUUGAUAAAGUUGUUGGUGAAUGUCAAUCUCAUUCACCCAAUGGAGCUAAAAUCCUUGGAGUGGUUGGUGAUGUAUCAAACGAUGAUUUCUGUCGAGUCUUGAUUGAUACUACUAUUGAACAACUGGGUCGACUUGAUGUUCUUGUUAAUAAUGCAGGAAUAUCAAGGCCUGUUUCUCUCGAUGAUCCAGUUGAAAAGUUCAUUUCUGGUUUAGAUGAGAUUUAUGCAGUCAAUUUGCGAGCUGUGCUUUUCCUUAUACACUUGGCGACUCCUCAUUUGAUCAAGACAAAGGGUAACAUCAUUAACGUCUCAAGUUGUGCUGGUCAACGUCCAUGGGAAAGAGGUACAGCAUACUGUUCAUUGAAAGCAGCCUUGGACAUGGUUGUCAAAACUUUGAAUCUUGAGUUGGGUCCAAAAGGUGUUCGCAUCAAUAAUGUCAGUCCUGCAUACACCGAAACUGCUAUGUUGAGCAAGGGAAUCGAAGAUUUAAUGCCACUUAUAAGGAAACGAGUCGCUGAAACUUAUCCUCUUGGAAGAAUCGGUGAAUCUGAAGACGUUUCCAAUGCAAUAGUCUUUCUUGCCUCUGAUACGGCAUCUUUCAUCAGUGGUUCCUGUUUGCCUGUAGAUGGUGGAUCACUUGAUGGAUCCUACACUCAUACUCCACCAGAUAUCAUGAAAAUGAUUUUGAGUAAAUAGUUGUUUAAUGCUACCAUAUUUUGAUUGUGAUGAAAAGUUGGUUUACGGUGUACUGUUAAUCAUAUAAAUAAAUUAGACAAGCUUGAACCAAUUCA